AUGUAUUCACUCAAAACCAAUUCUUGGAAAAAGGUUGAGUCACGGUUGCCUCACAAAUAUGACAUCUUUUUACCCUACGGGACAUCUCUGAAUGGAGCCAUCCAUUGGGUUUGUAAAGACUAUGAAAGAAAGCGGUAUGUGAUUGUUGCUUUCAGCUUGGUGGAUGAGAAAUUCUCCAAGAUUGCGGUGCCGGUCCAGGAGCCAAUCAAUUCACUCGAUUUAGGAGUGUUUAGAGGAUGUCUUUGUAUGUCAAGCCUUCAGAAAGGUGAAUUUUGGGUGAUGAAGGAAUAUGGCGUUACACGGUCUUGGACUAAUGUUGCCAAUGAAACUCCCAAGUCAUUGGUUUUGAUGAAGAACGAUGAAUUGAAGAAUGAUGAAUUAUUGUUUUUGACAGACUCCAAGAAAUUCGUUUUAUACAACAUGAGAGAGAGGACUAGUAAGGACCUAAUACUUCCAGAUGCUGCAACCGUGGGUAAAUUUUAUAAAUUAAUCCUUCAACAAGAGUCUGGAAAAAAGUACCGGGUCCGGGGUUUAAUUUCUUUACGAUACAAGGAUUUGGCUAUGAUCACACUGUUUGAUUAUAGAGUGUUGAAUGGAUCAGACAAAGACGACUUCCAGAUGUAUUCACUCAAAACCAAUUCUUGGAAAAAGGUUGAGUCAUGGUUUCCUCACAAUAACGACAUCUUUAGACCCUACGGGGCAUCUCUAAAUGGAGCCAUCCAUUGGGUUUGUGAUGAAUAUGAAAGAAAGCGGUAUGUGAUUGUUGCUUUCAGCUUGGUGGAUGAGAAAUUUUCCAAGAUUGUUGUGCCGAUCUGA